AUGGGUCUUCCCCAACCGAGGCUUCCUCCACCAGCUCUGCCGGCUGGACCAGCAGCUGCGGGGUGCAGGCCGGCGCUGAGGGGCCAGAACUGGUCCUUACUCCCUGCCACAGGGCUCUGCCACUUUGCCACCCUGGCACUGGCCCUGCUGGUGCUGUUGGAGGCUCUGGCCCAGGUGGGUACCCAGAACAUGGUAAGAGACCAGUGUGGGGUCCGCCCUAGAGCCUGCAACUCCAUGUGCUUCCUCCUGCUGCCUGCACCCCCUCUCAGCCACUGUCUCCAGUUCUCACAGAAACAGCAUCAAGCGUGCAGAGACAGGCGGCUGGAAGCCGGGAGCAAAAAGUGCCCGUCAGAGAAGACCUCAGCCUGGGCCAGAUACCCCCACAGGAUGGACUCACUGCAGAAACAAGACCUCCGGAGGCCCAAGAUCCACGGGGCAGUCCAGGUGCCCCCCUACCAGCCACCCACGCUGGCCUCGCUGCAGCGCUUGCUGUGGGUCCGUCGGGCUGCCGUGCUGAGCCACAUCAACGAAGUCUGGCCCAACCUCUUCCUGGGAGAUGCGUACGCAGCCCGGGACAAGAACAAGCUGACCCAGCUGGGCAUCACCCACAUCGUGAAUGUCGCUGCAGGCAAGUUUCAGGUGGACACAGGUGCCAAGUUCUACCAUGGCAUGCCCUUGGAGUACUAUGGCAUCGAGGCUGAUGACAACCCCUUCUUCGACCUCAGUGUCUACUUUCUGCCCGUUGCUCGAUACAUCCGAAGUGCCCUCAGCAUUCCCCAAGGCCGCGUGCUAGUACACUGUGCCAUGGGGGUGAGCCGCUCUGCCACGGUUGUCCUGGCCUUCCUCAUGAUCUGCGAGAACAUGACGCUGGUGGAGGCCAUCCAGACGGUGCAGGCGCACCGGGAUAUCUGCCCCAACUCAGGCUUCCUCCGGCAGCUCCAGGUUCUGGACAACCGACUGGGGCGGGAGACGGGGCGGCUGUGA